AAUUAAUGUAAUUGUUUUACGAUUAAAACUAAAAAAAUACUGUAAAUUAAAAUAAUUUGAAAAUCAAAAUAAAAGAAAAAGAAAUCAGUGACAUAUUCGAACCUUUUUGUUUAAAUCUGUGUCUACAGCCUUGUCGCGGGCUUUAUUAAACACAAUCUGUUAAUGUGAAAAAUACGUUAUGUUGUACGUUAAUAUCUGACUACCCGAACAAAAUAAACUAGGCCAAAACUAGCACGAUUUAUAGAUGUUUAAACUUUACCUUUUUUCGAGUUAGUUCAACCAUAUAAAAGAAUGUUUUAAAACGCCGUAAAGCAGUCAAUUGAAAUAUAUGACAAUGCGAUAGCUAUAAUUUCACUUCCUUGUACAAACUGUGAUAUGGAAAAUUUAGAGCGUAUGAUAUUUGUGAUUUUAUUAUUUAUCUGCAAAGAAUUACUAGCGGCAUAUUAUCCCGACGGCUAUAAAGGUUGCUACGUAGAUAAAAAAGACAGAAUCCUAGAAGUGAAACUUACAGAUUCACAAACUAAUACUGGCAACAACUGUAAAUACAGGUGUACGGUGUCUCAAUACCGAUACGCUGGUACCGAGUAUGCAAUGCAAUGUUUCUGUGGCAAUAAACUAAAGGAUUUUGAGAAAACACCUGAUUCGGAAUGCGAUAUGAUAUGUCCAGGCAAUGCAGAUGAAUAUUGUGGAGGGUCAUGGCGAAUAUCUAUCUAUGACAUUGGAGGUAUGCUAGAAAACUCUAUAGCUAUCGAUGCAGACAACUUUGAUUGCAAUUUUGAUGAUGGGCUUUGUAACUGGAUACAGGACGUUGAUGACGACUUUGACUGGACUAGAUUGUCUGGAGGCACCCCGAAUCGUAACACAGGUCCCAAGUAUGAUCACACAUCAGGAGAGGGCUUUUACGUCUUUAUUGAUACGAGCGAGGCGGGAAAGAAAGAUAAGGCCAGACUUAUUAGCCCGCAGAUGGAUCCUGGUCAAUACUGCUUUUCACUCUGGUAUUACAUGUACGGGGAACAUGUCGAUAGACUCAAAGUAUCAGUAUUAACAAAGGAAGGAAAAUCUGAGCUGUUUAAAAUACAUGAUUCCAAGGACCAAAGGUGGAUUUUGAAACAAGUUCAGAUUGAUACACAAGAAAUCUUUAAGAUUGUUAUUGAGGGAAAAGUCAAAAAUGACGAUAACCAUACCCUUGGUGAUAUUGCGAUUGACGACAUAGUGAUGUUUAGAAGUAACAGGUGUCCAACAGAUUGUGAUAGUCCAGUCCCAGCAUUUGGUCUUGUGGAUUCGCAGGACUUCGACAUAGGAUCAGUUGUACAUAUAGGAUGUCAAUCUGGGUAUAAAUUGACAGGAAAUCCGUCGAUUGUUUGUCAAGCUAAUGGUUCCUGGAGUGACCGUCCAGUAUGUAAUAUAGUAGACUGUGGGAAACCAACCUUCAAUGAAGGAAUAAUUGCAAAUACUUCUGAGGGUACUAACUUCAACAUGACAAUCAUGUUGGAUUGUGUAGAAGGCUUUACAUUGAUUGGCAAUGCAUAUGUGAUAUGUAAGGCGGACGGGAACUGGACAACCCAACCAAAUUGCGUUAUCAACAAUUGCAGCGAUCCAACUCCAGAAUCAGGGAAUGUUAAUAGCACAAACAACUUCGAGUACGGUUCAGUUAUCGAAGUCACAUGCAUUCCGGGUUACAAAAUAUUAGGAAAUUCUCCAAUAACUUGCCUUGCAAAUUCUACUUGGAGUGACACUCCUAGGUGUGAGCAAAUAGAUUGUGAAACUAGGACUAUCACAAACGGACAGUUUAAUGCGACAUUCGGAACGACUUUCGGAAAAACUGCUACACAGUCCUGUGACACGGGAUAUAGUUUUGCGGGUGAUAAGACGGUCACAUGCUCUGAAGCCGGUUGGAAUGGCAGUAUUGCAACAUGCACCAUUGUCGACUGUUCCGUGCCAUUCCUUACCAAUGGAAUACUUGCUGAAACUCCAAACGGCACAACAUACAAUAAAUCAGCAGUACUUGCCUGUGUGGAAGGCUAUACGUUGUCUGGUAAUGCGUAUGUAACAUGUCAGGCUGACGGAACCUGGACAGUUCUACCAAAUUGCAUCGUUGAAGAUUCAGAAGUCAGUGCUGUUAUCGCAGUGUAUGUUACGGUUCCACUCAUUGUGAUAGUUCUUGCUAUAAUUUUAACAGUCUAUAUUUGGAGGAAAAGACAUACACAGAGUGUUAAAGGUCAUGAUGAUCAACACGAAACUGACAUGAGCCCAGCGAUUCAAUUUCCUAAUGAAACUUACGACAAACAUGCACUUAAAAACCGAAGCCAAGCAAGGCAGUCCGAAGCAGACAAGCUUCAAUCACCAGACGAGGAAUAUGCUACUAUUACCGACGAACAGGUAGAACCGACAGAAAACGUAUAUUAUAACACAUUUGAUUCUGAAUGUAGAAUUCAAAAGGACACAGAACAUCACUAUGAUCAUACGAAAAGUACAUCGAAGCCAGUUCAAGAUAACACAUAUUCACAUAUGCAUGGCAACAAUAUGGACAUAGAAUGGAAACUAUGUAAUGAUAUAAAACUGAUCCCAAACAAUAGUAAUGCAUCUCUGCGAACAGAGGAGCAUCCAGAAAAUAAUUAUGACCACCUUGAUAUCAAUAACUUUAAUGAAGCUAUGAAGCAAGAGCAUUCGAUGACACUUAAUGAAGAACAAGAAUCGGACUACGAUCAUGCAAAAGCAGGUGGGAUAGAUCCAGUACCUUUGGAUCAAGAUGACUAUUCUCAUAUUAGAGACGGGAAAGUUAAUCAAGAAAACACUGAAAAAGAGAUGCGUAUACAUGAUAAAUACGAGUAUUCCAAUGUUACUGAAAGUACUGAAAAAAGAGAUAUGAAAGGUAACGAAAGAAAAGCUGAAUAUGAGCAACCGAUUGGUCAUACGCCUCAAUACUUUGUCCUGGAAGCAGAGAAUGAAAACACACCCGAAGAUGACAGAACCUAUUUUAUGUUAGAAGCAGAAGAAAAGAAUGAUGAAACUUAUGAGUCACACAAUCACACCUAUUUCGUGUUAGAGAAAACGGAAAGUGCGUGAUUUAAGAGGAAACAUAAAAUAUGUUCCAUAUAUAUUCAAUUCACGUUUCAUAUAUAUUCGAUACAUAUUCCAUUUGAAUUCGAUGUAUAAGGUAGUACAACAGAUAAUAUCUUUCUCAACUAAAUAUGUUAGACUUUUGACAGUUAGCCAAGAUAAGUGUUUCCAUUACAGGAAAACAUGGGAGUUGAGCAGAGGCAUAUAAACCCGUUAAUUUGUUAUAACUCCGUUGUGCUUUUUCCUGUUAAAACACGCAUACGCUAAGAAGACAUAACGCUAAUGGGCAAUGAAGUCAGUGCCUUUGUUGUGACCAAAAAAGAGUGCUACAGUAUUUCAUUUUCUGUUUCAGGUUAAGGGCAUGUUAGAAUCGAAAUAAUGAACAAUAAGAUCGUGUUUUGCCUAAUACUCUCAAAAUAGUUUAUACGUCACCAGAAUAAUUCACGUGGACGUAUAACCUCUUCUUCGUGUAUUAAUAACGCUAAAACACGAAUACUCUUUACAUAAUUUCUUAAAUGGUAAUGAUGAACGUAUUUAUCGUACCUACAACUAUCUAUCAGUAAAUAAAAUGUCAGUAUUUUCUUGAUAAGUAAUCGGAUAACUUUUGUCAAAUAUUAAAAGUUUUAUAUCGACUUGCAUUGUCAACUGACACAUAUGCCGAAAUGAUUAUAGUAUCAAUAUUAAAUUGUACAAUACGAAACAAAUGCAUUAUUCUUCUGGAGCUAAUGUAAUAGUACACAGAUUAACGCUCAAAAUUUACUCUUCCAAAGCAAUUUGGCUGCACAUGUAAGCAGAGGAUUAGAUACCAAUUACACAUGUCCCUGUGAUAUACUAUAAAUGCUGGUCACGAAUGCGACACUAAAAAAUACAGGGUGAUUGAAUUUUAUUUUAAUGUAUUAAAACGUCUUAUGUUUUAAGAAGUAUAAUCGUAUAAACCCCUGUGUAGACGUGUAUUUUUAUUUUGAAAAAAAACAACAACAUUGAUUCACGUUUCAUUAUUUUACCGACAGACACCUUCAUUGCACUGUAGAGGAAUAAAUUGAUGUGUUAUUUCUGAAAGUAUUAUGAAAAACUCUUACUUGAAGAAAGAGUUAUCGCUCUGUGCGGUUACAGGUAAUACAACUUGUUAAGCUACACAGAUUUUUAUAUUUUUAAUCUUUAACAAAAUUCAUGUUUGUAAGAAUGUCUUAAAUUGGAGUUCAAGUUUGAAUUCUUGUUUUGAAUAGAUUCAGUCAAUGUUCUUUAUUUAAGAACUGGUGCUAGGUGGCAUGACAGUUGUUGCAUAUUUCAUUUUCUCUAUUAAACCGUGUCUUCUAUUA